AUGUCUUGUGGUUCGAAGCGCGGGACACGCGACGAAGAAAAAAUGCAACUAUUGAGAUCAGCAAUGAGGACACAAACAGAGAUUAUGACUCAGACAAUUCUAGGUCAAGGUGUCGAUUGUCAUUUGAUGGGGCUUCGUGAAUGUGCCAAUGAAAAUGGUUUCCCAGUUCCAGAUAUUUUUGCUGAUGAAUCCUACAAGAAAGCUAACCAUUUCACACUCUCUACGAGCCAGGUACCUACAACUAUGGACGCCAUAAUGGGUUACGGUCCUGUGGUACCAGAUGGUUACGGAGUAUGCUACAAUCCUCACUCGGACUAUAUUGUGGCUGUGGUGACUUCUUUCAAGAGUCAUUCUGAGACUCGUUCCGACUAUUUUGCUUUCACUUUAGAAAGUAGCUUCCUGCAAAUGUAUGAGCUUUGUUUUAAGACCAAAGAUAUGGAUACUGGUAGUGACCGAAAAAUUCCAGAAGAAAGUGAAUCGAAACCGGAAGGAAGCAAAAAUGUAAAUACAGAAAAAUCUAAAGGAACCGAAGGAAAGACGACAGAAAUUCCUAAAACAGUUGACGCACCAAAGACAGCCGAAGCUCCGAAGACAGCCGAAGCUCCGAAGACAGCCGAAGCUCAGAAAUCUGAAGAAGUAAAACCAUUCGACCAAACGAAAACUGAUGAACAAACAAAAUUUGUUGGAUCUCCAAAAGCCCAAAAAUCCGUAGAUAAAGUUCCUCCCCCUAGGCCGCAGCCCCCGAAACCUCUCUUGAAACAACAAUCAUCUCAGUCAGAUAAAAGGGGUCCACCUAGACCCCCUCCACCUCAAAUAAAAGCAAAACGUCAGGAUAGCGAAUCAAGUGACAAAGUACUUGCAGGUGCUGAUAGAACCUCAGCAGGGUCGUUUGAAAGUGAUACAACUGGAGAUGGCAAGUUUUCUUACAUUCCUGGACCUACAAAUGUUGAUCAAGAAGCUAAUAAGGUAUUCUGGGCCAAACUUCUAGGAAAGACACCAAUAAUAGAGAAAGGCCUUGCAUCUAUCUAUAUCUUUUAA